GUGCUAUGUGGGUAAAAAAACAAAGGUCAUUCUUGUAAAAUCGCCAGCUAUUUCCUGACAAUGAACCCAAAACAAGUGAAUUGGAACUGGCCAGCAACAAUUUAGGAAGAGAAGUUGAAAAUCAACAGUUUUUUUUUUCUUCUCUGAAACUGAAAGUUUUUGAAAUGGAACUGGAGAAGGGUGUCCAUAGAUGGAUAGUUGACAUUUCUGAAUGGAACCCAUCUCCCCAUUACUUCUCUUUUGCUAUGUCCUUUCUUCCCCAACAUGAACACUCCUCCAUUACCAGGUUCUUUAAAAUGGAAGAUCAAAAACGGGCCCUUGUGAGCAGAUUGUUGCAGUAUGCACUGAUACAUCAAGUCUUGGGGAUCCCAUAUAAUGAAAUUGUCAUCAGGCGCACUGCUGAGGGGAAACCAUACCUGGAAUGUGACAAACUGAACUUGGAGUUCCCAAAUUUUAACUUCAAUGCAUCACAUCACGGUAAUUUUGUGGCUAUUGCUUCUGAACCAAUAUGCCUUGUGGGAUUGGAUGUUGUUUCUCAAACCGUUCCUGAGAAAGAAUCAGUGGAAGAUUUCAUUCAGAGCUUCUCAUCAUACUUCUCAAGACUGGAAUGGUUUAACAUAAUCAAUGCUGGCUCUUCUCAUCAGAUUUUGAGUGAGUUCUAUAGAUAUUGGAGUGUGAAGGAAGCAUUUGUCAAAGCUAUUGGUGAUGGCAUUGGCUACAAAUUGGACAUCAUCGAAUUUCAUCACAAAAACUGGGAAAACAUAGUUGUCAAGGUUGAUGGAAAAGAACUAAAAGAUUGGAGAUUUUGGCUUCUUGAAUUGGGGAAAGAUCACGUGGCAUCAAUUGCUAGGGGUCACCCUAUGUAUGCCACUAGCAGUUACAAGACAACGUUGAAUCGGACACAGUUCAAUGACAAGGAAUACAGUUUAGGACUUCAUCUUCCAAAUGCAAGCUUCAUUUUUCGGAAGGUAGAAGACCUGUUGCCCUCCAAUGAAACAGGUAGUGUACCACCAUGUAUAUCGCAAAAUUGUGCCAUGUUGAAGGAUUAAGAAGAGUUCAAUUUGGUGUUUCUGGUGAUUUUGGACUAGAGUUUCAUCCUGUAGUCAAAACAAUUUGAGGGCGUGUUUGGUAAGAAGGAAGUUAUUUUCAGGAAAAUGUUUUCCAAUGUUUGUUUGGAGAGCGGAAAACAUUUUCCUGAAAAAGAGAAUAUUUAUUAAAGAUUGAUAAUACUAUUAGCUACUGGGGAUAGUGUUCUCAUGAAAUUUCUGAGUUAUUAAUGAUUGAUAAUGAUGUUUUAAGUGUUUGUUGAA